CCAGCCGUGAGCAAGGUGGCAAAAUGGCGCCAGUUGAAAUAAUGAAACCUAACCAUAAAGAAAAAAGUAAUACUAUAUUAUUUAAUUUUUCCAAAAGCGAAAGUUUUAAACUUAACGAAUACUACAAAGUCUUGCAAAGGAAACUGAAGUCAAGCUGGAAAAUCGCGACGAACCAAGAUGAAAUCACUGAUUCAACCUUGGAGGGAGUAAGCCUUUUUAUUCUACCAGGUCCAAACGAGAAGUUCUCCGAAAAUGAAUUUAACUGUAUGAAGAAGUAUCUUGAUUCUGGUGGAAGCAUGCUGGUCAUGCUAGGUGAAGGUGGGGAGAAAAACUUUCAGACAAACGUAAAUUUUCUGCUCGAGGAAUAUGGCAUUAUGGUGAACAGUGACUGUGUGGUGAGAACACAUUACUUCAAAUACUUUCACCCAAAGGAAUGUCUCGUGUCAAAUGGCGUCUUGAACAGAGCGAUUACGGAAGCAUCAGGAAAAGUGAUAAAAAGCCAAGACAGAGAGCGUGAUCUCAGUCAGUCUCUGAGCUUCGUGUACCCGUUCGGAGCGACCCUGAACGUGGCCCGCCCAGCCGUCGCGGUCCUCUCGACGGGCAGCGUGGCGUUCCCCGUGAGCCGGCCGGUGUGCGCGCUCUCGACGCACGGCACGGGGAACGGCCGCCUGGUGGUCCUGGGCUCGGGCCUCGUCUUUGCGGACAAGUACUUGGAGAAGGAGGACAACGACCUGGUGCGCGAGGUCCUGUUCCGCUUCCUGACGACACGCGACGUGCAGCUCAACGAGAUCGAUGCAGAGGACCCGGAGAUUGCGGACUACAACAUGGUCCCGGACACGAUGCAGCUGGCGGAGCGGCCCCGGCUGUGCCUGCAGGAGGCGGCGGAGGAGAUCCCGGCCGACUACACCCGGCUGCUCGACCAGCGGCUGUACUCCAUCAACACCAGCGUGGUCCCAGCCGCCAUAGACGCCUACAAGGAGCUGGGGGUGAAGCACGAGCCCCUGCGGCUCAUCACGCCCCAGUUCGAGACCCCUUUGCCCGCGCUGCAGCCCGCGGUGUUCCCGCCCACGUUCCGGGAACUGCCCCCUCCGCCGCUGGAGCUAUUCGACCUGGACGAGGCCUUCAGCUCGGAGCGGGCCCGCCUGGCCCAGCUGGCCAACAAGUGCUUGUCGGCCGGCGGCGAGAGCCCGUCCGACCUGGAGUACUUCAUCCGCGAGUGCGGGCGGGUGCUGGGGGCGGCGGGACCGGCCGCAGACGCGGACGCCAGGCACGUCCUUCACGCCGUCGCCCUGCGCGUCGCCGACUUCAAGAAGCCGGGGCCGACCUAGCGUGCCUCCUCCCCCGUCCCACCCGCAACCACUCUAGUCAUGUCGUACCUGUGCGAGACACUGUGAACUUAAGUUAUUUAUGUGCUGUUGGUGUUGUCGUGGAUCUGCAGUGUUUAUGGUGAGUUGAUAUCUUGAUACUUAAAGUUAAUGACAACAGAUUUUUAUAAUAUGUUGGAAUGAAGCCUUUCUAGUUCUAGUCUGAAGUUAUAAUUUUUUUCCAGGAAAUUAAUUUUUUUAAAAUCUAUUAUAGAGAUUCAAAUUAAGCCCACCGUACCUUUGUUUCACGCUUCAAUACAAAAAAAUGAAACUAAUCCAUGGCUGGGACAAUUAUAAUCAGCUUGAAAAGAAGCAAAGAUACCUUAAAAACUCACUUAACCUAUAUAUACUAUUCUGAGCUAUGUCUUUUAUGUUCUGUGCUUUUGAGUAUGACACGUGGGAUUGACUCAAACGUAGCAGAAGAUUGAUUCCUUAUCACUAGAGACAGGUGUUUUCGGUGAAAAAAUUUACAAAAUUUAGUUACUUUUUACGAGAUGAUUUCGGUAUAUUUUCCGCUAUUUUAUCAGUACUUUCGUCAAAAAUUUCGUUGAUUUUAAAACUGCAAUAUGAGGUUUAUAAAUAUAAGUUCUACAUUAAUGUGUAAUAUGUCAUUUAAGAGUAGAACUACACAGUUUCAUACAUAACUUUACCAAAUAUUUGCACAGAACAAGCAACAAUUCAACAACUAUGCAGAGCAUUUCCGUAUUCUACUGGCAGACUGCAAGUUCCCAGCGCCUUUCAUAUAAAUAAUAAUAUAAAAAAAGUUGGAUAAUUAAAAUGUGUUGUAAAAUUUUCACUGUAACAUAAUUAAAUGUAACUCUCUCUUAUACAAACCACAAAAAUAAAUACUUUUCUAGACCUAUGUAUGCCUUUUAAACUCAGUAACCUGUAAGGCCUACCACAAUUCCGAGUAGGAUAAUUCACAAGAUAUUAUUGCACAAUUUAUACAAACUUUUUUGUCUGCAUUGUUCAGGUUUUACAAAAUGCAUAUAUUUACUAGGCCUAAACAUGUUACAAAGCACAGUACUGGAAACUGUUUUAAAAAAUUUACUGACAAAAAAAGCUCAAGUCCUAACCUAAAAACAAAUAAGUUACGUCUAUAUUUACCUGUGGCUAGGUUAUAUAAUUUUUUUCCAAUAAGUGCUGUAAAAAACACGACUCGCAGCUAUAUGAAUAUUUCAAGAGUAGGUAGGCCUGACAAAAUUUAUUUUCGUAACGUUCUGUUUGUCUGCUUAAGAAUGCACAAAACUGUUAAAACAUUGUACGCCCUACCUGCAAUGUACUUGUGCAUCCAUUGACAAAGUUUCGAGUCAUCCAGUUUUCAAUUUGGAAUGUUCGCUUCGAUAAAAGCUCAAGUUGUUGACAUAAUGAACUCAUUCUUGUCAAAUUUUGCUUUUUUUGCCGUCAACAAGGCUUAUUCCAGCGAAACUUGCCUUUUUGCACCGGAUUGUUGACUUUCCUUGUUUUUUUUAUGCGAGGCACUGUUUUUUAUGUGUUUCAAGCACGUGUCUUUCCGUUGCCACUCUAUUCUAACGUUGCAGUACUUGCACAUGAGAAUUUUUUGCACUUUGUCAAAGACAUAGAAUCCUUCGCUCGCAAACUCCGCCGCCCUGUCAAAUACUGUCACAACCAUUUUAAAAUCGUUUUACAAAAAGAAACAGAGCAAACACGUUUGAUUACAUCCACGCCAUUUUAACAAACUGUGGCGAUUGGCGACUCUGGCGAGGCGUUAGCGCGACACGAAUACGACUUCCUAGACUAUCGAAAGUCGUUAACAAUCGAUUAUAAUCGACUACUGUUAUCGAGUCAUCAAAAUACGGACGUUUAGCUAUUUUCGGUGUUUUUUUUCUUAAUUUUUUUCGUGAUUUCUUUCAGUAAUUGAUAAUUUCACAUUUUUAAGUUUAUGUAUAUUAAUUUCGUUAAUAUUUCGCGAUUUCGCGCAUCGCGAAAAACACCUGUCUCUACUUAUCACAUGUUACAGUUGUUCUCAAAACUGAAAUUAUUAUUUACUUCCUCAUGACUUCUUUUUAUUUAAUUAAUAUAGUGUUUGUAACAAUCAAUUUAUUGGUUGUUUUAAAAAAUAAAUAAUAAUUAAUUUUUUCAUGAUUUCACACAUUGCAUUAAACAUAUUUCUAGAGUAUUAACUGAAAAUCAGCAGUUCUAACUGUGUUUCUAUUGCAGCUAUGUUAGAUAAAUUCAGGGUGAUUUUUUGAUUUAAAUUUUAUGUACUAAUGAUCAGUUUUUACAGUAUAUGCAAGAACUAAGUAGUUACUAAUUUCUGCCAACAUUUCUGUUGAUGUUUUUCAAAGAACCAUACAAUUAUUUCUUUUCCUACACAUCAACUGAACUUUGCUCUUAGUAAAGUACAGUGUUUUAUCACAUAAUUGUUGCACAUUUUAUGCUAAAAUAUAGCUUAAAGCUUAAAGAAUUAGUGGUGCAAUUUUUAUGUGAGGAAAGCAUUUUUGUUGAGGUAAAAUUUUUCGUGACAACAAAACUUGUUGCAUGGAAAGUACAAAAGUAUUAUUAAAUUAUUAAUUGUGAGUUUUUUACCUGAUGUGAUGUAAAAAUCAUCAUGAAUAUAAAAUGCCUAUCAACCACAUCUUUUUGUUUACUGCAGUGAAGUACUAUUGCACUGGAAAAUUGCUGAGGAAGCACAUGCAACAAAUUCUCACCUUUCAAAUAAAAUUUUUAAUUUCAAUACCACCAUUUCUCCAAAACAUUUUUUUUUUCUCCAGUCACGUAUAUGAUUUUGUGCGACAAUGUUUUUUUCUUCCCAAGGCAUGAGUACUCAUGUACUGAGCAUAGUUUACUGUAUUUUCCCAUCAUAACUACCACACCACCUGACUGCAACUUGAAAACUGAUUGCUGUCACAAAGUGCUUUGUUGUGUGAUCUUUGGCAAUGCCAUGUUCACUACCUACUCAAAGCUUUCAGAAUCUAAUAGCGGACCAAAAAUAAUGCGUAACUUUAACGUAAGAAAUUAUUUCCCAAAAAUUUGAUGUCUUAAAAUAACAGUGUGACAAUUAUGUGAUGAAAGACUGCAUACUCUCUGGUUUGGUUUUUGGCCACAAUUUUAUAUAUUUGUUUGAUGUCUGGUACUUAUGAUCUCAUGUUUGUUUUUAAUAUAAGGCUGAUUACUGUGCCUUUGUGAUACAGAGUAUAUAUGUAUGUGAUACAGAGUAUAUAUUCUGCCAGGGUUUACAUUGUAAUUAUAUUAUUUUCUUUCUAGUAAUGCUCAGUAUUAUCUCACUCUAAAGCUCGAAAGCUCUAGCAAGAGAAGGGUAGCGGUCUUACCCAAAAAUGUUUGAAAUUUUUUAAAUAUAACUGGACUAUGACUAUGUUCAUUUUUUUUCUAGAAUUUUGACACGGUACUUCAUCUAUUGUCACAUGAUCAUAUACCUAAUUUUGUAUUGAAAGUAGCCAUCGUAUUUAUAGCAAAACUGUUAUGAAGAGUCACCAUUUUGUAGAUAAGGAUGUAGGUAUGAGUUUUUGUGUUAGAUGAGAAUUUGUGUAAAGCAAAGUGGCCACUAUUAAAACAACUAUUUUAUAAUGAUGCAUCUUUUAACAUUUUUAACUUGUUAAGAAACACUUCAAUGCUGUACUCAUAGUUUGGAUGCACAGUGUUUGUCCAGCAAAAUUCUCAGCACUGUUUUUUAAACUAGUUUUUGUGUGUGUACCGAUUUGAAGUCUCUUAGCUGCUGAUCUGUUUAGACCAUCAUUCCUGUAACAAGUUACUGUCUAAAGCAUAUUUUAUAAUAUGUGUAUGAUAAGGGUUUUACUUGGAACUAAAAUUGUAUUUGUACGUGAGAUAAAAAAUGUUUUCAUCCGUCCAAUAAAACUGCCUUAAACCUU